AAAUAGCCUUUCCCUAUUCCAUUUCUUCUUUCUUAUUUCCAAUUUCGCAUCCCGACCCUUUACCCUAUUUCCUGAAUUCAAAAUCACUCAACUUCCAUUCCUCUCCUUCAAUCACUAAUCCGUUCGAACGCUUUAAUGGGUGCCAAUCACAGCCGUGAAGAUCUGGAGCGUUUGGAUUCCGACUCAGAAUCGGAAUACGGAACAGAGUCCGAAUCCCAGACUCAAGACAGCCAACGGGACGACGGCGAUGACGCCGAGACUCCUUCAUCCUACCGUCCGGAGACUUUAAACUCGCCUUCUUUGGACGAUAUCGAGACCAAGCUCAAGUCUCUGAAGCUCAAGUAUAAUGUCGGGUCGCAACAGGAUCCGGCUCUGAAGAACGCCAUUAAGCUGUACGCAUAUGUCCGAGAUAGCACUGCCAAGUCUAAAUGGGUCGUUUCGGACAAGCGGACUCCAUAUUUCUUCGUUAAAGGCGUAUCCGAGGAGGCAGAUGAAGAAGAAGAUGAAUCCUCUUGGUGGGUCUUGAAAAUAGGAAACAAGAUCCGGGUCAAAGUGGAUGAAAAUCUACAACUGAAAGCUUACAAAGAUCAGAAGAGGAUCGAUUUCAUUGCAAAUGGGGUGUGGGCUGCGAAGUUCUUUGAUGAGGAAGAGUAUACAUCCUUCUUUGACAAGUACAAAGCCUGCCUGUUUGAGAAUACUUAUGGCUACGAGGCAAACGAUGCUAACAAGGUCAAAGUAUAUGGUAAAGACUUCAUAGGUUGGGCAAAUCCGGAAAUUGCUGACGACUCUAUGUGGGAAGAUGCAGCAGACAGCUUCAAGACUCCAAUGAGAGAGCUUAAGCAGGAGUUUGAAGAAGCAGCUUCUAUUAAUGGUGGAGAAAUUCAAAGCUUAGCAUUAGGGGCUUUGGAUAAUAGCUUCCUGAUAAGUGAUUCAGGUGUUCAAGUCUUGAGGAACUAUAAUAAUGGGAUUCAAGGAAAAGGAAUGUAUGUUAACUUCGACAAAGAGAGAUUUAGUUCGAAUCAUUCAACUCCUAGGAAAGCUUUACUCAUGAGAGCCGAAACCAACAUGUUACUCAUGAGCCCCAUGAAUGAAGAUAGGCCUCAUUCAAAGGGUAUUCACCAGCUUGACAUUGAGACAGGAAAAAUAGUGAGCGAGUGGAAGUUUGAGAAGGAUGGGACGGACAUUUCCAUGAGGGAUAUCACUAAUGAUAGUAAAGGAGCUCAGAUGGAUCCAUCUGGCUCAACUUUCUUAGGAUUGGAUGAUAAUAGACUGUGUAGGUGGGAUAUGCGUGAUAGAAAUGGUAUAGUUCAGAACGCCGUUACUACCCCUGUGUUGAACUGGACUCAAGGGCAUCAAUUCUCUAGGGGCACAAAUUUUCAGUGCAUUGCUACAACAGGUGAUGGGUCGAUUGCAGUUGGUUCACUUGAUGGGAAAAUCAGACUGUACUCGAUCAGUUCCAUGAGACAGGCAAAGACAGCUUUUCCUGGGCUUGGUUCACCCAUUACUCAUAUUGAUGUUACUUAUGAUGGGAAGUGGAUAUUGGGUACUACUGACAAUUACUUGAUUUUGAUAUGUGCCUUAUUUGAGGACAAGGAUGGCAAGAUGAAGACUGGUUUCACUGGCCGUAUGGGUAAUAGGAUAUCUGCUCCUAGGUUGUUGAAGCUAACUCCUUUGGACUCUCAUAUUGCAGGAACAAAUAAUAAGCUUCGUAAGGCACAGUUUUCUUGGGUGACAGAGAACGGGAAGCAGGAGCGCCACUUGGUUGCAACAGUGGGAAAGUUCAGUGUGAUAUGGAAUUUCCAGCAGGUGAAAGACGGGUCCCACGAAUGCUACCAAAACCAGGUAGGAUUGAAGAGCUGCUAUUGCUACAAGAUUGUUCUAAGAGAUGAGUCCAUCAUAGACAGUUGCUUCAUGCAUGACAAGUUUGCAGUCACUGACUCUCCGGAAGCUCCCCUCGUGGUCGCCACCUCUCUCAAAGUUAGCUCUUUCAGUAUUUCAUCAGCAACGAACAGGCGCCUACAAUUAUAGGAGCCCCUGCCCCUUUUGUCCGUUUCCGCACCGUCUUUCUGUUUAUUCAUCCUUAUUAUAGAACAACAUAUUUCAUGUGUCUUUGGCUGUUGCUUGAAAAAGAAAAUGUAUAUUUGGAAGCCAUUAAAAAGAGGAUGCUCUUCCUCUAACCCGUUUAGGGCUAGUUCACUUAAGUCCAGUAAUGCUGUUGUUGUAUUAGCAACUGCUCUUUGUUUUUUCAUCUAAAUAUGUGUAAUGCAUUGGUGUGAUAUUCUAAUUUCUAAAUGCAAUUAUUAUGUCUGAAUGUUGGUCUUUUCACCUAUUAGGCCUCAAUUCUAUGAAAAGAUUAUUGAGCUCAUUGAGCACAAC